UCCAGUUUUUUUUUUUUGCCCGUUAGGGCGUGCUGCAUCGCAAGCUCGCAAGCCUCUGCCGUUGCUGCCUCCCCUGGUCGUCUCCCUCGCAGCUCGUCGUCCCUCUCGGCCUCUCACUCUCCUGCUCUCCUCGUCGCCUCUUGCUUCUGCUUCGAUUGCUAUCCCUCUUCCAUCUCUUGGGUUUGGGGAUCUUUCUAAAAGCUUCUCCUGUUUUACUUCCGUUGGAAGGAGGGACACAACUCGUUGCGUGGACGAGGCAAAAUCAACUCUAUGGGUUUUCUAAUUCUGAAAGGAAAGAGAUUCGAUUUGGAGUUGUUCACUGGCGGGCUUUGAUAAGGGAUUUCGCGGCCGGAGUUUCUGUAAGAAAUUCUUGUGUUCUUUUGAGUGGAGAACAAGGGUUUGAUCUCUUGCUGGUUUUGAUGGUAUUUUGAGGGAGGAAGUUGUUGAAAGGAAGUAAAAAUUAGUCUUCCCGUGUGGUUUUUGGGCCUAAUUCUAAGAGAUCCGAAGAAGAACUAGGGUUUUGUUUCUGUGGUUGUUUAAUCUCCCCAUUUUAGUCGGGGGUUGAGGCGGAAAAGCAACGAGGGCUGAUAAGAGUGUAAACACUUGCUUCAAGGAGAACUCAGACGAUUUUCUGGAGGGUGUCUUCACUAACAUGCAAAGUGCCAGGAAGGAGAGCCGUACGAGUGAUGUGGCCCUUCUGGAAGAGCAGGAUCUGCUGAUGCUGCGGGAGUGGAAGGCUGAACUGAACGAGGUCUCACCGGCGAACUCCUUGCUGGAAGCAAGUAGGGGUUCAUCAGCUCUCUCCUCUGAUAUCCGUCGGCUGUUGCAGCUAUGUGAAGAGGAUGACGAUGCCACUAGCAAGUUAGCCCCUUCUCCAGUAAGCCCCAAAAUUGAGGAAUGAUGAUGGCUUGUGGGUUUGGGCUUUGGAAGUUGAUGGUUAGACAGUAGAUCUGGUACUGCAACCAGGUGAAGAGGUCAGGUUGUCAGUGCUGUCAUUAAAAUUCAACCACAUUCAUCUAGGUGAAUGACAGAGGGUUCUCACCAGUAGGAAAAUUUCCACAGGCUGAGUUUGCUUCAUACAGGAAUACCACAUAUAAUUGGAACCCAGCUGGAUCUGGUGUAAUGUGGAGCCGCUAUGAUUUUCCUGUCUUCCUUCUCUCCCAAAAUAGCACCUUAAAACUUGAAGAGGUACUUUUUGAGUUAAAUUAUGUGUAUAAAAUCAAAUUCCUAUAUUUAUACUAGUAGGGAAGAGGACUGUCUCAAAAGCUUACCUGAUGUUAAGUGCACUUUUUUUUUCAUGACCUAUAUAUACUGGUGUUGGUUGAGCACCACUCCUCAGAUUGUAGAAAGCACUGAGAUACAUACUGACAAAUUCCAUGUAGAUGUUGCAAAGUUUGAUGUUGUAAUGCAGGUACGCUUCUGUUGUUAAUGUUGCAGGCUUUGAAUUGUUGCACUUUCACACUCAUGUUUACAGUUCUGUACCUCUUCUAAUUUCUAGUUUCAUUGUUCUUGAUUUAGACAACCAAAGUUGGGAAUCAUAAUUGUAGGGACAUUCACAUUGUAGGAUGAUGCUUAUCUUUUUUUGAAUUCUAUGAAUUUUGCU